ACAUGCUUCCCUGUGGCUAAACACCGGCUGCUCUCGGAACACCACUACAGCGGGUGUAGUCCUGACCCUCGGAGACAAACUCCUGUGCUGGCAUUUCACUGAGGCUGUUUUCCCUUCUCAUUUUGCCCUAGGCCACAGGUCUCCACCAGCAAGAAGCGGGCAUCGUUGCGUGGCAGACAACGCCAACUUGUAUGUGUUCGGAGGCUACAAUCCUGACUAUGAUGAGUCCGGUGGGCCAGAGAAUGAAGACUACCCGCUCUUCAGGGAACUGUGGCGGUACAACUUCGCUACUGACACCUGGCAUCAAAUGAGCACUGAGGGCUACAUGCCGAGGGAACUAGCCUCCAUGUCACUUGUAUUGCACGGCAACAACCUGCUUGUGUUCGGGGGCACCGGGAUCCCCUUUGGGGAGAGCAAUGGCAACGACGUCCACGUCUGCAAUGUCAAGUACAAAAGAUGGGCUCUGCUCAGCUGCCGAGGAAAGAAACCCAAUCGGAUCUAUGGCCAGGCCAUGGCCAUCAUCAAUGGUUGCCUCUACGUGUUUGGAGGAACAACCGGUUACAUUUACAGUACUGAUCUACACAAGCUGGACCUCAACACUAGAGAGUGGACCCAGCUGAAGCCAAACAAUAUGUCCUGUGACAUGCCAGAGGAGAGGUACAGACAUGAGAUUGCACACGAUGGCCAACGGAUUUACAUCCUGGGAGGUGGAACUUCCUGGACAGCUUAUUCCUUAGAUAAAAUCCAUGCCUACAACCUUGAAACCAACACCUGGGAGGAAAUUGCCACAAAACCUCAUGAAAAAGUUGGUUUCCCAGCAGCCAGAAGAUGCCAUAGCUGCGUUCAGAUAAAGAAUGGUAAGAUCCGCCUCUUGAAAACUGGUGUCUCUCAUAAGCCUAGCAGCGACAAGCUCGUCCUUCUCGCCUGA